AUGAGGCCUCUCAGAAAGAAGAGCAAGAACUCCUCGUAUUUCUCCCAUGAUUUUAUCAUCGAGAAUCACGGGGAUAUCGUUAGCGUUGUUGCGAUGGUGUUCAUCGUUGGCAUGCUGUUUAAGGUAUGUUACACCUAUUUAACUUACACCAACCUCAUUAGGGAACUGCCCCUGUAGCAUCCCUCUUCAUAUCAAUGCAGCACAAUGAAAGUGUCGAGAGUACGUUUGUUAUUCUUCCAAUUACCGUCUUGCGCAGAGACCUCAGGUCCACCGGAUCUGCUUUACACCACUGGACGGUACGAUUUCUGCGCUAUCUUCUUCUACUCAACCGUUGCUAUAAUUUUGCAUGCAGUAGCCCAGGAAUACAUGCUGGAUGUAAGUUGUUGAUUAAGGCUCGAAAGAUUAGAAAAUAACGCGCAAACUGCACCUACCUCGUUCCAGUCAAUCUAAGUUCAGCGAAUCUGGACAGCUUCUCAUUUUCUACGUUGCCUCUGUAUAUUGGGCAGUUUAUGCGCUGAUAAAUGAAGGAUUUCUGUCAAGUUUGGGCGGACUGUGGGCCGAAUAUCCACAUGCCCAUUUGCCCUUCUGGAUUAAGCUAUUCUUCAUCUUUCAGGCAUGUUCCCUCUAAGUUGACGCUCUUCAGAUAAGUUAUUGGUUGCACAACUACCCGGAGCUCUACUUCCAAAAAGCGAAGAAAAGUGAAAUCCCCAACAGAGUUUUCUACUCAACUCUUUACCUCAUUGGUGUAACGGCAGCCUAUUUCAUGAAGUAAGCUAGUCACCAUUACUCACAGGGAACGUAGUUUCACGAAACUUGGCAUCGUCCUUUUGAUUAUUCACUACACAACGGAUGCCUUUUACCACUUCGCACGAAUGAUGAAGUUCUAUGGUUGGCCUCUUGGUGCUAAAUUAGGGUGAGUUUCUUUUUGAGCGUCUUACUCAGAGUAUUUAGGUUUUCAAUUUUCAAUGGCCUGUACGUACCUUCCCGAGUUAUAUGCACCGUCCUGGCGUUUCUUACGUUCUAGUAGGUCUUCGGAUUAUUGUAAAAUUAUGCUUUAGCUACGGCCUGCCUCAAUACAGCGUCCCGACUAUGAGUGUGUCCGAUGGAAAUUUCAAUACGUGGCUUAUUAGGUACGUUGCGCAGCGGUGGCUGACUUUUAAUUUUCCGUGGGUUCGCUCCUAGCUGAGCGUCCUGACAUUUAUUACAUAUUCUCGCGCAGACAAGCACAUUUUCCUUAAUUAAGCAGGAAAAAUUGGAUCAGGCAUUCUUUUAGUGGUGUGUCAACUCUGUUUGUGCAUUUUCCGCCUGACCUGGUUAUAAGAAUUUUGAUGUCUCCUUAGCAGUUUUCAUUUCCAAAUUCUGACCUCUCUUUGUGCUUGUCUGGCCACAAGCUUUUUUUCUACCUCGAAAUCAUAGGCUGUUUUCAAAUUUCACCAAAAUCACUUGAAGUCAAGUCAGGUGUUGCCGUACGCCUCUGUAUGCUAUCAACUUUUCUUUCAGACUGAACUGUAUGCUCUUCGUGCUUCUCACACAAGCCCAUAUGGUUUGGACCUUCGUCAAUUAUCAGCUCCGUAAAAUCCGUGAACAGAAGGCACAGCAGAUGAUUAAUGCCAUGUAUACGACAAAUGCCGACUUGCAAAGACGAAGGGAGAAGAAAAAGGGUACGUUAGCACAUAGUACCUUGAUUUUAAAUCGUUAUCUCCAUAUUCACGCUCUUUUGGUUUCCUGGGAGAUUUGGCCGCAGUAGGUCUUCUAGACAAACGCGCCUUUAUUCAGGUGUUUGAUUGUCGCUGUAUGAAAGUUGCGAAAAAAUCGCAGUAUAUGUGUUUCUUAAUUUCAUUGGAAUUAUACAUCAUAUAUAUAAGCCUCUUUCAUAAUUCUAAAUUCCCGAUAGUCAUUUUCUUCAACACUGUCGUUGUUACGGUUUAGUUUUAGACGGCCUUUGCUAGGGUUGGUGUUCAAGUUUUGGUUGUUCGCUGCAGCUUCGGGUGUUGUCUUAUAAGGACAGUUUUGAUUUUCGGUUCGAAUAUAUAUAAGCCCUUCUCUGAGGAAGUAAAAUUGCUUAGCAGUAAAUCUGUAGUUUACGCCCGUUAGGAACACUUGGUGACUCACUGCUGAAUUUAACUCAUCGCGGUUGCGUCGUGCAGCGGCACAAUCGGCGAAACUGUCUGGGCUCCCAGCUAGUGCGGCGGGUUCACCCUAAGGAUGCGGUCGGCUAUCUAGAUAAAAGUCGUCUUAACUAUUCGAUUGCUGUGGUCACACAUGGAACCCGGCCUCUACACGCAUACACGAACAUCAGCUGACAGUAAAAAGGCAAGACCACCUGUCCCAAGUUGUCAUGCAUACGCGUAAAACUAAAUGCAUGUUUGUUUGGGACAACACUCACAUUGUUGGUGUCUGUCCGCAUAAAUAGGGCCAAGAAUUUUCGAGACCAUUUUAAUGAUUCAUACACUAAUUGGCACGUCGAAUUAAACGACGCGUACAAUACUCGAGGAAAAUGUAAAAGGCAGCAGCCAAUCCGAGCGGGAUGACAGCACAUGGUAUUUGUUCCUGGCACAUCUAAAAUCCUAACCAUUUCGUGCAUUAGUGGACUGGCUUCGGAAGUUUACGGAGUCAAAUCUGUUGAAUCCCGAGAAAAACUUAUUUGCCUUCAGGUGCUACAAGCUUGGGGUUGGGUAUGGCUGAUUGAUGACAGCCAGUAAGUCGAAAGUGGCUAUUCAAAUCUCGUUUGUCUUCGUCUGUAAUCUCCUUCUGAAUAUGGUCCAUCUGCCAGACUCCGCCUUCGAACCUUCUGCGCCGUGUACGAGCGCAUAUUUGUGUUUCUGGCCUCAGCUGAUGGUCGGAGCUAUAAUUUGCUGGAUGAAGGUAGAAUAAGUCCAAAACAGCACUGUAUUAAUCCACCCUCAUAUGUUUAAUAACUCAAGUAGUAUGCAUUCCGAGAUGUUAUAAUGAGAGGAGAAAGCCCGCUGGAAAAAAAGAUUUACUCGUAAAUUUUUGAGCUGAUUACACCAACCCGUUGUCAGACUAGGUAAAUUCUGAGAGGUGGGAUUGCCACACUGCUAGUUGAGGACGCAGACAGAGAGAUGGGCAGACAACCUUGCGAGGGGGCGUGCAUUGUGUUGUGAUGGUUGCUGUAGGUGAGGAUAGGUGUUGUGCGUCCCAGUUAUGGCCCACCGUGUUCGGGGGAAGGGGAGGGUAGGCAGGGACGAACGGCCUGUCGGCGGGAUCAUACAUGUCCGAGCAUGCAUUAGCAGUUGUUGUUCUUGAGGUGGGUGCUAGUCAGUCCAUCGUGAUCUGAGACCCCCGUAGUGGACAUCUAAGUCAAAGUGGCGGUUGAUGCUGUCCGCACCGGAGUACCAAGCCUCGAGGGAUUCUCGUGCCUGUUUAGUGUUACCCAUAGUGACCACUUCAGUACCUUCCCAGGUUCAGCAGUAGUUAUAAUCGAGAGCGCGCGCAAACGCGAGAGAUAAGGGGUCACAUCGGCGGAUAGCCAGCUUGUGUUCCUUAAUGCGAGUCCCAAGUUGUCGACCCGUGUGACCAAUAUAAACACAACGACAGUUGGCUCGUGAGAUACCAUGGAAUAAUACCGCGCGCAAGGAGGACGCCGACUUGUGGGCGACGCAAUGCCAAACGUGUUCAAUUGUCGGGCGGUCGCUUCAUAAAUUUAUUGCAUGUAGGGCAAGUAAUAGUAUUUCCACUUUGCCACUUCUCCGCUUGAACUCCGAUCUUGUGGUCGCCUCUGACGUCUGAGGCAGUUUUUCACGAAACUGAUCGGAUAUCCGUUUGAUCGGGAUGAUUGGUAUAAGUAGGCUAGUUCUCUUAAGAAGGUACUCGCUACUACAGUACUAUCCUGUGGUCCGCAAAAGAAGCUGCGUCUGAACUCUUUCUCACCGCGUCUUCCGUCACUUUAGUAGCGAGUAUUUACUUAAGAAAGAACCGUAUUUGUAAUGAUGUUUCGGAAACCUCUUCCCCUUCAUCACCAGAGUUGUGUGGCUUAUAUUCCUGCUGGUCUUGAGUUAUUCAGUCUUGACUUUUUUGGACCCCACCGAGGAAAGCUCCUGGCGGGUCCGGCGUGACCUUUGUCCUCUUGUGGGCCGACGUAGUUCUAGCCAAAAGGUUACACGAGCCCGCCAGCGGCCAUCGUCAGAGGGAUAAAAGCUAGUGGGCAUCAAAUGGGCAGGUUAGAGUUCGUGUGUCGAGCACGGCUAUAAUACGAGGUGGACAGCAAGACGAAGUAACUCAAGAACAAUAGGAGAAAUAACCACACAACUUCGAUGACAGAAGCGAGGAAGUUUCCGAAACGUCAGUACAAAUACAAUUUGGCCCAUGAAUUCGCCCUCUCAUGUUUGUUUUCUUCAGGCGAUGAUGAUAGUGAUCACUAUGUGACUGCCUGCAAAUGCUCUAGAUCGAAUCUCAAGGCGCAAGCGGACGAGUGUAUCCCGUAACCUAAUCAGUGAAGCCCUUUCCAUGAUAUACAUGUGUGCAUUUAAUGCUGUUGUAGGUAAACGUGAAGAGGAUUCAAGGGAGUCACCCGAUGCACACUCGUCCGAUGUCCACCAGCGCAAGCGGAAAUAA